UUGCAUUCGUUUAUAAAUGAGAUAUUGAGAAUUGGUUACCUUGUCGAAGUUCCGAGCAGGUUCAGAGUUUCGAGCUCCGCUUGAUCGCGACAAUGGCGCGAAGCAACUUGAAAAUGCGCGUCGCAUUCGCGAUUGCCGCGAGCUUCCUAUCACUCACCAGCGCCAAUCCUCUAUUAUUGAAGCGCGCAGGCGAGAUCCCCGACCCCCUUCCCGAGGGAUGGGAGUACGAAGGAUGCUACACCGACGCGCAAGGCGCCCGCACGCUGAACGGACCGUACACCUUCAGCGCGACCGCGAUGACCAUCGAGUCGUGCAUCGCGUUCUGCCAGACGGGGGGUUACGUGUAUGCGGGAACGGAGUAUUCGGGGGAGUGCUAUUGCGGCAACUCAAUCGCAAACGGCGGCACGUUGCAGCCGGAUUCGGAGUGCGGAAUGACGUGCUCCGGCGACGUCGUGCAGGCGUGCGGCGGGCCGAAUCGGUUGACGACGUUUAAAUCGGACGCGAUCCCGCCGCCGGAUCCAGUGCAUAACCCGGGCGUUGGUACGUGGAGUAGGCUCGGUUGCUAUGCGUAAGUAACCCUGUGUAGUAUCUCUGAGCAGUGAGACCCAGAACUGAUCUGGCGGCAGCGAGGGAAUCACCGGCCGGGUCUUGACGACGGGGAUGGGUACGCCUGGGGGUGGAAGUGCGCUGACAGUAGCGCUGUGCACGAGUGCUUGCGCGGCCGGGAACU